AUGGACUCCGAAUUCGAGGAAAGCAAUUCAUUCUCGGAACCUGACGAUUCUGAAAUUGUCACAGCCCUGCAAACAUACAGACAUCCAAGGAUGUAUCGACGCGGCUACUAUGACGAUCACGAUUCGAUGGAUCAAGACGAGCAUCAUGAUCACGAAGAAGACAACGCUAUGAAGAGCAUGUCGAAGUCGAAGGUCGACUACUGGGGUGGUUACUACGACUUCUUGAUAAACGAGGGAAGUUAUAAAUUCUGGGCGGUGUUUCAACUAGCUACGGCAGCUCUGCUCAUAUACAGCGGUUUCGCCGCGCUUUAUUACGCCAAAGUCAAUCCUCCAACCACGGACGACGAAUUCGACGAUAUUCUGCGUCGAAGAAGACGCAGGGAACUGUCUAUUUUUCCACAAGACAGGACUUUCUGCGGACUGGACAGUGCCACGUUUCAAAGGAUAAUCGACGCUGUCGCCAGAGAAAUUCACUGA